AUGGGUUCAGAGGAAAGUCCAGACACUGCAGGGCCAGCUAGUGUCGUCAUGACUCCGUCAGGACCAAGUGCAGACACCCUCCCAAGUGAGGCAUCUAUUUUGAUGGGACCAGCUAGUAGCGACAGCAAUCAGAACCUCAUUGAUCACCCACUCGAUCACCCAUCACUAAAACGAGAUGCUGUCAUUGCUAUGGGUCCGAACGAAGCUGCAACGGAAUCAUCAACAUUGAUUGCAAAGUGCUGGCCAUUAAACCGUCAUAAUAAACCACCAAACAAGAAGAUCAUUUCGUACUUUGGACUGCUGUGGAAGUAUGCUGAUGCUGUUACAGUCUCGUAUAUGCUUGUCGGCACUCUGGCUGCAAUGGCGAAUGGUGCCGUCACUCCAAUACUGAAUCUUCUCAUUGGCCAACUGGCUAAUGUUGUUACGGACUAUGAGAAUGCUGGACCAAACUAUACUGGAAAUCUGCUCAAUGAGCUUAUUACACGAGUCAUUAUUCUCGCGGUGCUAGCUGGAAUGAGUUUGAUUGCAGGGUUUCUGCAGACAUUCUGUUGGACAAUACAGGCUGAGAAGCAAACCAAGAUCAUGCGACAACGAUACUUUGCUUCACUGUUACGGCAAGAGUUGGCGUGGUUUGAUACCAACCCAACUGGUGAAUUAGCUUCUCGCAUAUCCGGUGAUGUUAAUAUUAUUUAUGACGGAACUGCAGAAAAAGUUGGAUUCACCAUACAGUACACCACUUCAUGUGUUGCUGGUUUGGUAUUGGCGUUUGUUACUAGUUGGAGAUUAUCUGUAAUACUGCUGGGUGUCUUUCCUAUACCAGCUAUUGCUCUAAAUCGCAUGUGGAACCAAGUUGGAGUCAACCUUGACAAAGUACAAGCUGCAUACUCCAAAGCUGGAGCACUAGCAACGGAAGCAUUACGUGGCAUCAUAACAGUCAUGAACAAUAACGGCCAACAGCAAAUAAUGAAGACCUACUAUUCAUAUCUGGAAGAAGCAUUCGGUAUAGCUAGACGAAUCGCUUACAUCAAUACUGCUGGUGUCGCUGCAGUAUCCUUCUUCUUUAUGGCUGUCAGAACACCAGUUUUUUACUAUGGUGGUUUACUUGUAUUGCAAGGUCAAUUGACGGCUGGUAAUGCCAUAUCGACGUUUUUGCAGAUAUCUUCAGGUGUCAUGUUUCUUGGAAACGUCAUGAUGUAUUUACAAGCUAUAAAUGAAGCACAAGGAGCUGCUCAAAAAGUAUUCGAAGUCAUUGAACGUCAGCCUGCGAUAGAUAUUACGUCGACCGCUGGUAGAAUAUUGGAUGACGUUCGAGGACGUAUUGAAUUCAGAGAUGUUACCUUCCGAUACCCAGCUAGACCAGAAGUUGUCGUUCUAAAGAACUUCUCCUUAACCAUUGAGCCAGGCCAGAAAGUAGCUCUAGUUGGCCAAUCUGGAUCUGGAAAGAGUACUGUCUUCCAGUUACUUUUGCGCUUGUAUGAGUAUGAAAGUGGUCAGAUAUUCUUGGAUGGUGUUGAUAUUCGAGAGAUUAAUCUUCGUCAUCUGCGUGAGGUCUUGUCUAUUGUCAGUCAAGAGCCUGUACUCUUUGACACGAGUAUCUACGAGAAUGUGGAGCUUGGAGCACGUAGCAAUCAAAAAGCAAUGGCUCUAGACAUUGAACGUGCACUUGCUGCAGCUAAUGCUCUCGAGUUUGUUAAAGUAUUACCUCAUGGUGUUGAUACGAUUAUUGCUGGUGGUACUGCAUUGUCUGGUGGGCAGAAACAACGUAUCGCUAUCGCUCGAGCGGUACUGAGGAAUCCGAAAAUUUUGUUGUUGGAUGAAGCUACAAGUGCUUUGGACACCAAAUCAGAAUCCGUAGUUCAAAAAGCUCUAGAUCAAUUGGCCCGAGAUAGAACAACACUCACCAUUGCACAUCGGUUAUCAACUAUACAAGAUUCCAAUCUAAUAGUAGUCAUGGAAGAUGGUCAUGUCAUCGAACGUGGCACACACGAUGAACUGGUGCAAGCUGGUGGUGCUUAUGCAAGUAUGGUGAAUGCUCAAGCAUCCAUGCCUGCUCCUCAUGACGGAAAUGGAACGACGACUGACGGAGGAGCUCCCAGUCCAGCUCGAAUUGUAAAAGCCCCUAUAGUGCCAGGCUCGCCAGCUUCCAUAAUCAGUACGUCAACUGGACCACCGGGUGAUAUCAAACUACCUGACAUGUCAGCCAAAAAGCUCGACUCAAAAGUCCCUGGUACCGAAGACGAGGCCGAUGAAGAAGAGAAAUAUGAAGAGAAUCGAAUCAAAUUGGAUGAAAAGAGAUUGGGUGGUCAGCCAUUUCCCUUCCAACGCCUCACGAAACUGUCGCUACCUCAUAAAUCAUUUAUUAUAAUUGGUCUGGUUGGAUCUAUUCUAGAUGGAACAUCAGUACCUCUAGAAGCCUUACUGAUGGGUAUAAAUUUAGGAGUAUAUCAAAACCCAGCUGCAUAUGGUGGAGAAAGCGGUAUCUUGAAAUACUCGCUCUUCUUCUUAGGCCUGGCCGGACUAGCGCUCAUAUCCAAAGGCCUUCAGCAAUACGGAUUUGGUAUAUCGGGCGCUAAACUGACUCAACGGUUACGUGAAGUGACGUUUGAGAAAUUGGUGUCACUCGAUAUGUACUUUUUCGAUGAGCCUAUACAUCGACCUGGUGUUAUGGUUGCACGUCUAGCCACAGAUGCAGAUACCGUGAAACGAGUUGGUGGACCUCUGUUGGGACAAUUGCUGACUUUGAUUAUCAAUUCUGGGUUGGGUCUUGCUAUCGCAUUUGGAUAUGGGUGGCAGUUGACGCUGGUUAUGUUUGCUAUGGCUCCUGUGCUGUUUGGUGCUACAUAUCUUGAGAGACGGGCACUUGAAGGGUUUUUGGAUGAGACUCAACGCAGUUAUGCUGCGUCUGGAAACUUUGCAGCUCUAGUGUUGACCAACAUCAAGACUGUGACCAUGUUGGGUCGGGAUGAGUAUUUUGUUUCCAAAUAUACAGAGACCCUAGAACCGAUAUAUCAAACAGGAUUCAAGAAGGCUGUGGCAGCUGCCGCUGGAGCUGGACUCUUUCAAAUGCUACUAAUAUCAACACUCCUCGUGGCAUUCUUCUUCUGCUACUAUUUAAUCAUAAAUAACAUUCUCGCCUUUAAUCGCAUCACCGUCGUCAUCCUAAACGUACUCCUAACCUCUGCAGCUGCAGGAGGAAUGGCAUCCGCAACACGAAACAUUACAGAUGCCAAAGUAGCUGCUCUCGCAAUCUUUGAAACCAUCGAUACCAAACCACGAAUUGAUAUUGAUGACGAUUCAGGACGAAAGGACAAAGCUGUGGGUAACUCGAGUGUCGAGAUAUCCAAUGUGAGGUUUGCUUUUCCUAGUCGUGAUAUGGUGCAGGUCUUGAAAGGAGUUAGUUUGAGUGUCAAGCAUGGAAGUAAAGUUGCCAUUGUUGGAAGCUCUGGGUCUGGAAAGAGCACACUAGCUCUCCUAGUCGAACGAAUUUACGAUCCGGACUCGGGAUCCGUGUCAUUUGCAGGCACAGACAUGAAGGACUGGAAUCUCAAAGCACUGCGAGAGCAGAUUGGAGUUGUGGGUCAAGAACCGGUCCUGUUUAACUUGACUAUUGAAGAGAAUAUCAAGUAUGGGUAUCCGCAAGCUACCCAAGCUGAAGUAGAAGAUGCUGCGAAAGCUGCUAGUGUGCAUGACUUCAUCAUGUCGCAGCCGCAAGGUUAUCAAACUAGAGUUGGUGAAAUGGGAGGUCGAUUGAGUGGUGGUCAGAAGCAAAGGAUAUGUAUAGCCAGAGCUGUUGUUCGUAAGCCUUCACUGCUGAUUCUAGAUGAGGCCACUAGUGCUCUUGAUGCGUCAACAGAAACAGUUGUUGAUGAAGCCUUGCAUAACAUAUCGUCUGGCGUGACAACACUAGUCAUCGCCCACAGACUACGAACAAUCCAAGGAGCUGACAGAAUCUACGUCUUGCAAAAUGGUCUUGUUGUUGAAGAUGGAACGUAUUUGGAGUUAAUGGCUAUGAAUGGACACUUCUAUAGUCUUGUGCAAGCUCAAACGAGGCUACAUGCCAUAACGGCCGAAGUUUCUUAG